AUGAAGUUUCUCAAAGUUGGCCGCGUAGCCAUCAUCACUCGAGGUCGAUAUGCUGGCAAGAAGGUCGUGAUUAUCCAACCAGUCGACUCGGGCACAAAGCAACAUCCAUUCUCUUACGCCCUUGUUGCAGGCAUCGAACGAUAUCCUUCGAAAGUUACCCGAAGAAUGGGCAAGAAGAGAGUUGAGAAGCGCUCAAAGGUCAAGCCAUUUAUCAAGAUGGUCAACUACAACCAUAUCAUGCCUACCAGAUACACACUCGAACUGGAGGGUCUGAAAAACGUCAUUUCCAACGACACAUUCAAGGAGGUCAGCCAGAGGGAAGAUGCAAAGAAGAACGUGAAGAAGGCCUUGGAGGAGAGAUACCUGAGCGGUAAGAACAGAUGGUUCUUCACCCCUCUCAGAUUUUGA